AUGAAGAUCGCUGGCUUCCUAUGUGUCGCUUUGGCCGGCAUUACUACGGUCGUAGACCAUGUAACGGCCAAGGAAGCUGGUUAUAUCAAUGCGCCGUUGAAAUCAUGCCCGAAGUUUAGGAAGAUCAAUCACGACGACAUACGACCGUUUCACCAGCCUACCGCCGCUACGCUCGAUGAAAAGGCUGCCGUCAAAUUCAAACCGAGACUCACAAUUGGUCCGCAUCUAUGCCACGCAUACCCUGUAGUAAGCCAAGAAGGUUAUAUUAGCGGUGGACUUAAUCCUACCGGACCCUCUGACGGUCAAUGCAAGGGAAAUCGCUAUGCGUCUCAAGUUUACGGGCGUGCAGCUUGGUACAAAGGAAAAUAUGCUAUCAUGUACGCAUGGUACUUUCCGAAAGAGCAAAUAAAGGAUAAAGGUCAUCGCUACGGCUGGCAAACUUGUAUCUUGUGGCUCAACAACCCUGCUAACAAAGACCCGGAAAUUUUGGCAGUCUCGCUGUCGUUAAACUACGCCUUCAUGAUCCAUGGUCCUCCAGCACGUUCCAAAGUGGAUGGCACGGCUGUAAAUGUAACAGGGCAUCUGGUUACACGUAAACAUUAA